CACGAUUUCACAGUGUAAUGAAAAAGCGCUGUUUUCGAAACUUCGGAUGUUUGCGUUCGUCUGAUAAUGUAACUACUGGCAUCCGAAAGAAGUUGGUAAUUGUUGGUGAUGGAGCCUGUGGAAAAACAUGUUUACUCAUUGUUUUCAGCAAAGAUCAAUUCCCAGAAGUUUACGUCCCAACAGUAUUUGAAAACUAUGUGGCUGAUAUUGAGGUUGAUAAUAAGCAAAUAGAACUAGCUUUGUGGGAUACCGCUGGUCAAGAAGAUUAUAAUCGCCUCCGCCCAUUAUCCUAUCCAGACACCGAUGUAAUUUUGAUGUGCUAUUCUAUUGACAGUCCUGACAGUUUAUCUAAUAUCAAAGAGAAAUGGAUACCGGAAGUUAAACAUUUUUGCCCAAACACACCAAUUAUAUUGGUUGGAAACAAGAGUGAUCUCAGAUAUGAUGAUAAAGUUAUCAAUGAACUUGCCCGUUUGGGUCAACAUCCAGUUACAUCUAGCGAAGCAAAGGCAGUGUCUGCUUAUAUUGGCGCUUACGGAGAAAUUGAAUGUUCGGCAAAAACUAAAGAAAAUGUACGUCAAGUAUUUGAAUUAGCCUCUAGAGCAUGUUUAAAAAUACAGAAAAAACAUAGAAGUUAUAAAUUAUUUUGAACUUUACUCUUCUUCAUUUGUUUUCUAUUUUCGAUAGAUAAUUUAAUAAUAUUAUUUAUCUAAUAUUAACUUAUUUAUUUCUUUCUAGUAAGUAUUAUUAAACUUUAUUUCUUUCACUUUGAAACGAUGGAUAAAUGACUGAACACAAGAAAAAGCUGUUGACUUCCUUUUCACAUUCCUACUUUUCAUCUCCAGUUGAUCUUAUUCCUCUGAUACUGCUGCAACUAGUACCGUUCAUUCUAGGGUGUUACUUCUUUUUGUAGUGUUGUUUUUUAUGCGGUAUUAUUAUUAUUAUGUGUACUUUAUUUAUUCUAUUUAAAGAAAAUUGAUCUUUUUUUAAUCAACAACUAAUGUCAAUAUGGGUAUGUAUCUCUCUGUGUGUGAGUUCGCAUUACCCAUUUAAUGAUAAUCAUUUGUAUAUCUCAUUCCAAAGCUUAUUGUUCUUUAGAAUGAACAAUUAUUUGUACAAUGAAUUAUUUUUGAUUGUUCAUUGAAUAUGUAUCCAUUGUGCGCACGUGUGUGUUUAAGUGUUUAUUUUAAAUUCCUAAAUAAAAAAGUGUCUUAUAUCGGA